AUGGCUGCGUUCAGAGCUCGGCAGUUGGGAACGCUAACAAGGUGCUACACAAGAGCAAUGUCAAUUCCCGUGAUCGAUAUCAGUCCAUUCCACAAGACCCCUCUCCUCCAGACUACUCGACCAUCCUUAGAAUGUGUUCAGACUAGCCAGGAACUCUACCAUGCUCUCUCUGAAUGGGGAUUCUGUCUCAUCAAGAACCACGGGAUACCUCCAGAGUUGCGGAAGCAAAUAUUCCAAUCAGCAGAAGACUUUUUUGGACUUCCGGAGGAGGAGAAGCUAGUUCUUCAUGUCAAGAAAGGGGGCGUUGCCUGGAGGGGGUUCAUGCCGAGAGGUGGAGAAGCCACUCACGGGUUUACCGACCACAAAGAGGGCAUGUACUUUGGCCCCGAGCAUCAAGAGAAUCAUCAUCACGCAGGAUUACCUCUGCAUGGCAAGAAUCAAUUCCCGGACGACACUGUACCCACAAUGCGUCCAGCAAUUCUAUCCUAUAUCGACCAAGUCACCAACUUGGGCAAGUGUCUCUCCGACGCUAUGUCCCUUUCGUUGGGUUUGGAUGUUGGCUAUAUGCGCCAACACUUUCUCUCCCCGGAACCAGUGGCCAUUGUGCGCUGCUUCAAAUACUUUGCCCCUGAGGAUAACCCUGAAGGCAAAUGGGGCAUCGGUGAACACACCGAUUUUGGAUACUUGACCAUUCUGAACCAAGGAUCGCCCGGCUUGCAAAUCCUAUCCCCAACAAAGGAAUGGGUUGACGUCCCAGCUGAUGAAGAUACGCUGCCUCCUCCACCGGGAACAUAUCGUAUCUCGUUUCCCUUCUUCUUCGAUUUCUCAUGGGAUGCAAAGAUGGUUCACCUUCCAUUAGAUCAUCUUGGGCCGCUCUCGCAACUGCAAGAAGAAGAAGCAAAGGCGCGGUGGGCAAACACCACCUUUACCGGAGUUUCUGGAGUCUGGGCACAGUACCUCGCCAAGAAGGUCAAAAAGGUCUUCCCAGACUUGGAUUUGCCCGACUUUGAACACAAUUCUAAGCCCUCAACGAGGUUUACUGUAGCAGUAAAUGUUUGA